CUGAAGAUACAAUGAGGGGUGCUUCCCACCUCCAGAUCCUGCUCCUGUUGGGGUUAGGUGCCUCUAGAACAUUGUGGGCCAUCUUUCUUCUGAGGCCCAGAGACUCUCUGGCACUGUCCUUGGUCUCUCCAAAUUCCCUUACCUGCUCCCCCUCUGCAGGAACCAGGAUGCAGGAGUGUGCAGCUUGUGGGCAGCCCCGCAUGUCCAGCCGGAUCGUUGGGGGCCGGGAUGCUCAGGAUGGAGAGUGGCCAUGGCAAACAAGCAUUCAGCACCGUGGAGCCCACGUGUGCGGAGGGUCCCUCAUUGCACCCCAGUGGGUGUUGACGGCAGGUCACUGCUUCCCCAGACGGGUAUUGCCGUCAGAGUACAGUGUGCUCCUGGGAGCAUUGAGUCUGGACAUCGCGUCAUCCCGUGAGCUCUUGGUUCCUGUGCUGCGGGUGCUGCUGCCUCCUGACUACUCUGAGGACGAAGCCCGUGGUGACCUGGCACUGCUGCAGUUGCGUCACCCAGUGUCCCUGAGCGCCCGCAUCCAGCCUGUCUGCCUGCCUGCACCAGGGUCCCAUCCACCACCAGGGUCUCCAUGCUGGGUCACUGGCUGGGGUAGCCUCAGCCCAGGAGUACCACUCCCAAAGGGGAGACCCUUGCAAGGAGUGAGGGUGCCGCUGCUGGACUCUCGAGCCUGUGACCGCCUCUACCACGUGGGUGCCAAUGUGCCCCAGGGUGAGCGCAUAGUGCUACCAGGGAACUUGUGUGCUGGCUACCGCAGGGGCCACAAGGAUGCCUGCCAGGGUGACUCUGGAGGACCCCUGACCUGUAUGGAGUCCGGCCGCUGGGUCCUGGUGGGUGUGGUGAGCUGGGGCAAGGGCUGUGCCCUGCCCAACCGUCCAGGUGUCUACACCAAUGUGGCCAAGUAUAGUCCCUGGAUCCAGGCUCACCUGAGCCUCUGAUGCUGGUGGGUCUGAAAAUGUGAACCUGGAGCUUCCCGGCCCAUCCCACGUUCCCCUUUCUUACAUGAAGCUGAGAUGCUAAGAGUCCCUUCCCUCCUCUCCGCCU